GUAAAACGCACACCGCUGUCGCCUGUCUGUUUUGUAUUCAGUGUGUUAUAUGCGCUACGGCUACGUAUAUCGACCGAUAUUUAUUACGAUCUUUUUUUGUUCUGUGUUAUUUGUUGUGUAUUUUUUCUGUAAUAAUAGUAGUUAUAACUAUGGAUAAGUUUUUGAAUUCUAGUAGAAAACGUGAUAAUCCAGAAGUAAUUUCAAAUAUUGAAAAGAAACAAAAAAUCAGAAAAUAUGAUGAUAGUUAUUUGAAUUUCGGAUUUACUAUCACUGUUGUUGCAAACGUAGAACAUCCCCAGUGUGUUAAAUAAAGUUAGAUUAAAAUUAUUAUAAGUAAUGUAAAUUUGUUUAUUUUAAAUGUUCGUAUGGGAGCCGUAUAUUUUAUUUCAAAAUCAAAAGGAGCCGUGGACCCAAAAAGGUUGACAACCACUGGUCUAUAGUAUAUUAUCACCUUAUGUGUAGUAUUUAUACAAAUUAAGGAAAUAACACGCAUAUUUUGAAGUCGAUGGAUAAAAUGACAGCUUUUAUAAAAAAACUCAAACUAUGGAGAAGACAAAUGAAUGAAGGCACGAGCAAAGAUUCAUUUUCCAUAUUGCAGCAGUUUCUGACCUCUAAUACAGUUGAGAUUUCUCAAGAUAUGAAAUCCAUUUUUGAAGAUCACUUAUCACAGCUAGUGGUAUGGUUUGAGAAAUAUUUUAAAAAUGAAGACAUUGAUAAAUUUGCAUGGAUUCAAGAUCCAUUUAACUCCAUUGUUCCAUCAGAAUUUAAUUCUACUGAAGAAGAAAGUCUAAUUGAGUUGUCUUGCGACAGUAGCUUGAAAUCAAAAUUUACCAAUAUGGAAUUGACCAAAUUUUGGAUUUCAAUAAAAAAUGAAUAUCCACUUGUAUGUGAAAAAGCUCUACGUGUUUUAAUUCCGUUUUCUACUUCAUAUUUAUGUGAAGCUGGGUUUUCGGCGGUCGCUGUGAUCAAAAGCAAAUAUCGGUCAAAAAUCAAUGUGGAGAAGGAAAUGGGAGUAGCAGUAUCAAGUUUGAUCCCAAGAUUUGAAAAAAUAUGCAGUGAUGUCCAGGCUCAUCCAUCUCACUAAUUCAAUUAUAUUCUACAAAUAAACUAAGUCUAAUUUAUUUUACCUAAUAAAAUUAAAAUUAAAUUUUUC